GGUAACUCUCAGCGCGAUCAUCAUGGUCCAGCUGUGCCGUGCGGAGAACGGACAGAUCAUCGAGCUCGACACAUCACUAUGGGAGCUAGAAAGACUUGACAACCUAGAACACUUUUUAGAGGAGAAGACUGGAGUUCUUCAAGAUGACAUCCUCGCAUACAUAUCGGAUGGACGGCGGUUAAAGUCCGAUAACAUACGCGACCUUGCAGGGGUCCCUGACCAGACGAUCUAUGUAUUCAACAAGCGAUAUCUAGACCUCGAUGUAAAUGCUGUACUACAGGAGCUACGAGCGGAACCAGCGUUGGGACCCCCAGUAGAAGACGCCAUUGCCUCCACUCCCCCUUUCCGCAUCUCCCGACUCGCCUCCUCCUAUCUUCAAGCCGCGCAUGCGCUUCACGAGCACAGCAAGCGUACCCUGCUCUCUCUCCAGUACCAGCAUUCCGCGCUGCAUAUCGCCUCAACUGCGCUCGACCUGCACGUGCUCGCCAUCUCCGAGGUUUUCGAGGGUAUUGGUGCCGGUGCAGUGCGCGAGCUUGACAAGCAGGCUGCGCUCCUUGCAGGGUUGGGCGCAGACCUGGAGAUCGUCGCCCGCGUGCCAGUGCAUAAGGAGUUUGUGAGCACUGCUAUGCGGAAGGCGAUGGAGGAUGGGCACAUGCGGACGUUAGGCGAUUAUGUGAACAAGGAGAAGAUGAAGCAGGUGGCUGAGAGCUGUGCGAGGACCCAUGAGGACUUGCAGAACCGGUUCAGGCAGACACAGGAAGCGAUGUCGAGGUUGAGCCAGGGCACAGAUGAAGUGCGAGAGCUCGUCAAUGACCAGAGUCUCUUGGAGGAUGCAGAAGCGUGCGUCAGGCGAUCGCAAGACGCCCUUGACAAGAUCGCCGACCUCAACACAGACAUCGACAAGCCCGUACCUUCUCCCGAGAGACAUUUACAAGAGUUUCGCCAGCUCGACACAUCCCUCCGGAAUGAACUGCAAUUCAUCACAGAAGUCAAGAAUUCCUACACCGAGUUAUGCAUAUCCACACUUCGUCAGAUCAGCACGCUGAACAAUGACCUCGUGGAGUUGCCUGCGCUUCUCACCGGCCUGCAAACGGCAUCCAAAGCGAAGACAAGCUUUUCAUAUAUUCAACGGCUUCAUAAUAUGCUGUAUGCUUACGGUUCGACGGUGGUGGAGAUUGUCAGGCGCAAAGAAUUCGCGCGAUUUUUCUACCAAAGAGCACAGAGCAUCCUGGAGGUGAUGGCGAAACUUUCGGCGAACGAGCGGAAGCGCCGGCAAGUCUAUCGAGGGGAAGUGCAUGGACAAUUGCCAUUCGAGACCCGCGGGAUGGACGGCCCGGUCCCAAUCGUCGACUUCUCGCCUACGGGUUCGGUUGAUUCGCCAUACUCACUUGAGCGGCCUGACAUCGACGGGCUACUGAAGGUGUUGGACGAUUUAGAGUGUUUUGCGGAGACGCUCCAAGACCAGGCUGCGAUCGCUUCGGUGAAGGAGGCUCGUGCUGGCUUGGAGAGACUCAUCAUCAAGAUGGAUAGCCUUGAACCUGGAUUUGACAGGAUAGCGGAGCGUACAUUACUCUCAUCCUCCAAACUAUGGAGCAGUCGGCGUCGUUCGUCAGCGGGCGACCUCGAGCUGGAACUUCAAGUGGAGGAACUACGGCAGACUCAGAGCGAGCAAGAGACUGCGUUCCAGACGGAGCGGGAAGCUCUGCAGUCUGAGAUUGCUCAGCUCAAAGGCACUCUACUAAGUGAGACGGCCGCACGUGGCCAGCUCGAGCGGGACCUGCAUUCAGCCAGGGCUCAGCUGGAGAGCGAGGCUACCUCUAGGCGGAUUCUCGAAGAACGCAACACCGAGCUGUCGUCGGACGCCGGUGGACAUCGCAGCUCGCUUGCCCGUGCAUUAGCGGAGGCCACGGAGCAAACGAGGGCCGCGGAGGUGCUGCGGCAGGAGCUCGCCCAGGUCCGAGCAGAGUUCAAACUUGUCAAGGCGCUUGAGAAACGCAAUGCUGGCAAGGUGGAGGCUUUGCUGGAGGAACAGGCGUCUACGUUGGCUCGACUAGAGGAAGCCCGUCGACGCGGGGAAGACUUAGAGACGCAGAUCCGGGAUGCACGCAUGGAGGGCGAGGAGGUCAAGCGUGCGCUCGCAGAGGCCGGCAGGGAGAGGGACAGGCUCCUGCGCGCACAGGCGUCUGAGCAUGACCGCGUCAUACGGGAUCAUAUCGCUGAGGCAGAUGGCGAUCGCGCGGUGCUGGAGCACCAGUUCUCGGAGCUCAAAGCGGCGUUGGAGGAUACGGAGCGGCAGCUCAAGGACGCACGCGCUCAUGCGGAGAUGGCCCUGGUGGACACCGUUGGUCUCAGGGAGGAGCUGCAGCGGGUCGAGCAUGAGCUGCGCGAGGCACAGCAUGCAGAGCGGGUAUUGAGGGACGACCUGCGUGCCGGCAGGGCGUCUCAGUCCGACUUUGAGAUGCGCCUGGAGAACAGCAGCCGGCUGAUUGCGCAGAUUCUGGACGUUGCCUUAGCGUUCCGCGACUCUCAUGUUAAGGCGCUUAGUGCUGCCCAGGCCAUGGUCUCUCAUCCGGGUUCCAACAAGGCUGCGAACAAUGGCAAUGGCGCUGAGCCUGCUGUCAGCCCUGGGCGGCAUAGUAUUCUCAAUCAGGUUGGCGAGCCGUCCCCCAUCGACCCGUCCGAUCCUGCGGCUGCUUUGGAAGCGCUCCGGGAGUUCGAUCAUGACCACUUUUUGGAGGCGAUCAACAAGGUUGGCUCGACGAUACGGAAGUGGCAGAGGCAAUGCAAGGAAUAUCGCGAGCGGGCAAAGGGUAAGAUCUCCUUCAGGAACUUCGCAAAGGGGGACCUGGCUCUAUUCCUUCCGACCCGGAAUUCUGUGUCGAAGCCGUGGGCCGCAUUCAAUGUGUCAUUCCCACAUUAUUUCUUGCAGGCUACAGGCCAGUUGGCGGAGCAAUUGAAAACCCGAGAGUGGAUCGUUGCCAGAAUAACCUCCAUUACUGAGCGUGUUGCAAGUCACAAGGAUCCAAGCACGAAUCCCUACGGCCUUGGGGAUGGCAUAAAGUAUUACAUGUUGGAGGUUGAAGAUUGGACCCAGCCAGUUUUUCCGUCAAAGCGCCGCGAGCCUGCGAAGAAAGUCACAUUAGAAAUUAAGGGCUCGCCAAGCUCGCCUACUUUCAGUCCACCUAUUCAGGAGGCCAAUGGUGUACCCGUAGGUCCCCCAGAGCCCGAAGUGGAAGAAGUGUUCAAUGCGACAAGACCGCCAUCAUCUCGACUGUUCCUAACGCGCACUCGAUCCGACUCUUCGCCGACGGCGGGCCCGUCAUCCCUUUCUCGCCUUUUGGCGCAGGCAUCCCCUCCAGACAUGUCUCUAGAUCCUACGACACAGACCAAGUCUCCGUCUCCGGUGUCGUCUCCACUGCCGCUAGCGUCUCCGACUCAAACACCUUCUUCGCCCCUCGCUGGUGGCGCACAUGCUCCUCCCCCCCUCCGACCAAGCUCGCGAGGCUCAAGGAGAUCAACCUCUUCACGGUUCUCCAAUGCUCGUAUGCCAUUCGGUAGCGCAGCAGCAGCGCCGAAGGCGGCGGCUACUACUGCUAUAUCAGAGCAGGCGGCUACGUCCGGCUCAGUUUCUGCCGAUAUCGGCGCACUAUUGAGCGGAAGCUCGCGCGGAUCUUCUGACGUGCCGUCGCCGGAAGGUUCACCUACCGAGGGCAUGUCAAACUUCAUGAUGAAUCGCCGUCGGACAUCCUCCUACACCGUCUCGCCGCGUAGUGUUGCCGCUCCUUUGCCUACAGUCGCCAAUGUGCCAAGCCCGUUGGGGUUCACCACCACCGGGGCAGUGUCCGGAUCGAGCGCUAGCGCGAGUAGCAGGCUGGCAGAUCUAGCUAGUACUUGGGGCGUCACGUUCGGUCGCAGGAAGCGGUCUGAAGAUGUCGAUGGUCCGAAGCGAGCGCCCUCAACGCCGGACCCUUUCAGUCCUAGUCGUGCUUUAGAAAAUAUUGAUCACGGUCCGGACUGAUAAUUCAUGCUUUUUUAUGAUAGAUGGAUUAUGAAGGGCACGCCUCUUGGUUGUAUAGCAUACUCUUGUUUUACUGUAAUGUGUAGAAUCAUGCUAUCUGCUUUUGAUGUUAUUCGCACUGUUUGCACGCCUCUAUGCUUGUGUUCGAGGUGUCUCAUAACAUUGUUAGGUAUAUGAACCUGCGUCUCAGUUCGGCACGGUGCUGCCCAUGAUUUGCACUCCUUCGAGUUCCUAGUACUGCUAAUUGUACUGUAGAGUUAUCGGUUAGAUUCCUCACGUGCG